AUGAUGGAGGCCAGUUUUGACACAGAGGAGAGCUUCGAUGACCCUUCUUGUCUCGCUUCUCAGCCUCCAGGAUCGGUGUCUCCGGCCAAACGCCACACGGUGAGGGAGGUGAAGGAGACCAGGACCACGACUCAUGUUUAUUCACUGCUGACCUUCAGCUCAGAGCCACAACAACAAACCAGAGAAAAACUAUCUCUGAGUCUGGACUUUAGCUCAGUCCACAUCCCCCUGGUGUCUACACCCACCUCCACCUCCUCCAUCACCUCCACCUCCUCCACCUCCUCCAUCACCUCCAUCACCUUCAUCACCUCUAUCACCUCCAUCACCUCCAUCACCUCCAUCACCUCCAUCAACUCCAUCACCUCCAUCACCUCCAUCACCUCCAUCAACUCCAUCUACACCUCCAUCACCUCCAUCACUCCAUCACCUCCAUCACACUCCACCUCCAUCACUCCACUCACACUCCAUCACCUCCAUCACCUCCAUCAACUCCAUCACCUCCAUCACCUCCACCUCCUCCAUCACCUCCAUCACCUCCAUCACCUCCAUCACCUCCAUCACCUCCAUCACCUCCAUCACCUACAUCAACUCCAUCACCUCCAUCACCUCCACCUCCUCCACCUCCUCCAUCACCUCCAUCACCUCCAUCACCUCCAUCACCUCCUCACCUCCAUCACCUCCAUCACCUCCAUCAGCUCCAUCACCUCCUCCACCUCCAUCACCUCCAUCACCUCCAUCACCUCCAUCAGCUCCAUCACCUCCAUCAGCUCCAUCACCUCCAUCACCUCCAUCUCCUCCAUCUCCUCCAUCUCCUCCAUCACCUCCAUCAACUCCAUCACCUCCAUCUACUCCACCUCCUCCAUCACCUCCUUCUCCUCCACUUCCUCCAUCACCUCCACCUCCUCCAUCACCUCCAUCACCUCCAUCUACUCCACCUCCUCUAUCACCUCCUUCUCCUCCACUUCCUCCAUCACCUCCACCUCCUCCAUCUCCUCCAUCUCCUCCAUCACCUCCAUCACCUCCAUCACCUCCAUCUCCUCCUUCUCCUCCAUCACCUACAUCACUUCCAUCACCUCCAUCACCUUCAUCAUCUCCACCUCCUCCAUCACCUCUUUCACCUUCAUCACCUCCACCUCCUCUAUCACCUACUGUACAUCACCUCCAUCACCUCCACCUCCUCCACCUCCAUCAGCUCCAUCACCUCCACCUCCUCCUUUGUCUCCAACAAACUCUAAACAAUGA